UACGCAAAAAAGGCUUUGUUUGUUCAAAUACUGUGUGGGAUCUAAAGGAACCCUUGUGUUACCCUGUCAGGUUACCAUGUCCAACAACAAAGUUAUACACAAAAUUUAUCCAAUCAACACCCUUACAUCAGGAAACUUAUUUAUCUCAUCUCUAUAAAAACUCACAUGGUAAGUGAAUCCCUGCAGAGUUUCAUUUCUCCUAUUGGAAUAUUCAGUCUCCCGCUUCUCCAAAGAUGGCAUCUCUUCUAUACGCUGUUUCCGCUGUGCUGGCCGUAUCUAUGGUCACUGCAAAAAGCUAUGGUCCAGGUGGAAUGGGCGGCGGGAUGAUGUCAGGUGGAAUAGGCGGUGGAUUGAUGUCAAUGGGAGGCAUAGGUUCCAUGGGCGGUAUAGGUUCCAUGGGCGGUAGUAUGGGUGGCAUUGGAUCUAUGAGCACGAGCAUGAUGCCCCUAAGUAAAAUGAUGGGAAGCAUGGGCGGUAUUGGAUCAAUGGGCAGCAUUGGAGGUAUUGGAUCCAUGGGCGGCAUGGGCGGCAUUGGUUCAAUGGGAGGCAUGGGCGGCAUUGGUUCAAUGGGAAGCAUGGGCGGCAUUGGUUCAAUGGGAAGCAUGGGCGGAAUAGGAUCUAUGGGCGGAAGAAUGAAUAUGAAAUCAAUGGGUGGCAUUGGAUCUAUGGGAUCCAUAGGCAGUAUGGGAUCCAUGGGAAGUAUUGGAUCUAUGAGAGGCAUAGGAUCCAUGGGUGGCAUUGGAUCUAUGGGAUCCAUGGGCAGCAUGGGAUCUAUAGGCGGCAUUGGAUCCAUGGGAUCCAUGGGCAGUAUUGGAUCUAUGAGAAGCAAAGGAUCCAUGGGUAGUAUUGGAUCUAUGGGAGGUAUCGGAUCCAUGGGUGGCAUUGGAUCAAUGGGAUCCAUGGGAUCCAUGGGCGGCAUUGGAUCUAUGGGUGGUAUUGGAUCUAUAGGAUCCAUGGGCAGCAUGGGAUCCAUGGGCAGUAUUGGAUCUAUGGGAGGCAAAGGAUUGAUGGGAGGCAUUGGAUCUAUGGGAGGAUUGGGAUCCAUGGGCGGCAUUGGAUCUAUGGGAGGAUUGGGAUCUAUGGGCGGUAUUGGUUCUAUUGGCGGUAUGAGAUCCAUGGGCGGUAUCGGAUCUAUGAGUGGCAUGGGAGGCAUUGGAAUGAAAGCUCGAUAUUAAUACUCGUCAACUAUCAAGGCCACUAUAAAUCAUUUUCAUGUGUAUUUUGUUUAUAUUUAAUAAAUAUAUGCAGUAUAAAAUUA